CGGAGGGCCCAGUGUGGCGAGGUGUGGCUUUUGCCAUACCUCGGCCCGGCCCAUAUUGGGAAAUUGGGAAUAUACAUCGGCCCUCCGGCUCCGCCCAUCCGGUCCCGACGCGCCUGCCGCACCCGACGCCCUCGCCCAGAUCGAGAUCCCGGCUCCCUGCAGGCUGCAGCGGCGCCGUCUCCCUCCGCCCCUCCGGCCUCGACGCGCCUGCCGCACCCGACGCCCUCGCCCAGAUCGAGAUCCCGGCUCCCUGCAGGCUGCAGCGGCGCCGUCGCCCUCCGCCCCUCCGGCCCCGACGCGCCCGGCCUGGGCACCUCGCUGCCUCCCCGGCUCCAGUACUGCCCGGCUCGGCCUUCACUCCAGUCUUCCGCAGUUCCGCCCUACCUUCCGCAAGGACGACUUCGUGCUCGGGAAGAAGCUUGGGGAGGGCGCGUUCGGGGUUGUGUGCAAGGCGUCACUCGCGAGUCGCGAACCCCGAAGCCGCGGAGAAGGUAAAAGCUAAUGUUGCAUCCGCAUGUAAAGGCUUCAAUUCUGGAUUUCUGGUUGCCAAUCGAUACUUGCUCAUUGGCUUGGACGACAAAGUGGAAUAGCAGGGUAUUGAAAUGCUUAGAACCUGGGCAUGUUCAGUGUGCAUGCUGGAUUUAACAUCAGGAAUGAUCGGUGAAUUGUGCUCCUGAGGGAAGUGAAUUUUUUUUUAGGUAUACCUUCAACGAGGGAAGGGAAGGCAGCCGCCGGCUGAAGCUCCAUGGAGCAACAACCAAGCUCUAGCAGAAAAGGGAAAAGAAAGGCACAAGGAAGAGAUCUAAAGAGCUAUUUUAGUCCAUUCGGAUCUAGUAGCACAAACCCAAGCACUCAUGGAAGUGAAGUUGGUAAUGCCAUAAUAGAGGAGGAAGAGGUGGUGGAAACUCAUUUGGAGGACACCAAUACCAUAGGCCAACAGGCAGGUAGCAAUGAAAAUGAUCAAGGUACAAUAACUGAGUUCAAUCCGGAUUAUAUCAUUUCUGAUCCGAGGCUUCGGAUUCCAAUUGAGCAAUUUAGUCCUAAUAUUAGAGAUGAAAUUAGGAGGGCUUUCAUGGAACGAGGUCCAACUCAACCUAGUAGUCAUGUUUUUCCUAGAGGAGAAGAUAAAAGGCGCUUUCGAAAAGAAUGGUUUGAGAAAUAUAAUUGGCUGGAAUAUAGCUUGGUGAAUGGUAAGGCUUAUUGCUUUUGUUGUUAUCUUUUUAGAAGAGUUGGUGUAGAUGAUGACAAAUUUGGUUAUGAGGCAUUUACAAAAGAAGGCUUUAGGCAAUGGAAGAAUGCCUACUUAGCACUCCCUAAACAUGUUGGUGGCCCUAAUAGUGCUCAUAAUAGAUCAAGAGCUGCAUUUGAUGAUUUUGAUAAUCAAAGGGCAAGUGUAAAGGAGAAAAUUGUAGUUCAUACCAAAGAGGCUGAAAAGAAGUAUGAAAUCCGUGUAGAUACAUCUUUGGCUAUUGUAAGUUAUAUUGCCUUGCAAGGUGAACCGUUCCGUGGACAUGAUGAAUCGGAAACUUCAUUGAACAAAGGCAACUUUCUAGAAUUUCUUGAUUGGUACAAACUAAGAAAUGAGGAUGUGAGGCAGGCAUUUGAUCCUAGAGAUUCAUUCUCUAACUUUGAUGUGAAUAAACUUGCUCGCCUCACGGAUAUAUAUUUGGAUGAUUUUUGUUUUGAUGACCGGAAAAGAAUAAGAGACCAGUUACAAACCUUCAUUAUUCAUGUUAGAAGAGUUGAGGCAUUCAGAGCUUGUUAUGACCUUGCAAGCCUAGCAAUGAAAAUGGUUGAACUUAAGAGGCAUGAAAUAUUUCCCUUGGUUUAUCGCCUAAUUGAGCUGGCAUUGCUGCUACCAGUAGCAACUGCAUCAGUUGAAAGAGCCUUUUCAGCCAUGAAAAUUAUUAAAACUGAGUUGCGGAACAAGAUGUCCGAUGGUUGGCUUAAUGAUUUGAUGGUGGUGUAUAUUGAGCGGGAGAUAUUUAAAGGAAUCGAUCUUGAAUCUAUCAAGAAGGCUUUUCAGAAGAAAAAAGAUAGAAAUAUGCAAUUGCCAAAGUCUCCUAGACGCAACUAAUAAUAAAUAUAUCGCUUCUUUGCUCCAAUUGUUGAUUUGCUGCGUACUUUACGUGUUUUUCUUCAUUUAAGGUACUUCUAAAUCAUAUUUUUGUUGUGAACCUUUCUUUCCGUAUAAUAUUUGAACAUAAUUUAGUAA